AUGAAAAAUCAGCCCUUCUCCCAUGAAAUAUUUAGCUCUCAAAAUCGAAAAUCUCUACAAUUCUGCUUAUUUCAUGGCAAGGUUGACCACAGUUUCGAUCAGACCUCGAGAGGCUACAUAAUUAAUCUCAACGCUGCAAGUCUUCAAAUCCCUCGAAACAACCGUGAAAGUUUGCAAUUAGUUCAUCCGUUUAUUGUCUUUCAGUUUUUUAUUCAUAAAAAUAAGCCUCUGACAAUAGAGCUAACAACCUCAGACUCACAAUCGAUAAAGCGACGAUUAGUUUUUACUCAUGGACGAAAGGUAAUAAAGAACCCGUUGCAUGCAAGAAUUCCUCAUACAAUAAUCGAGCGUGGGGUUUGGCUGAAUUUAUUCUUUAACAUUGAGUCUUUAUUUGCUAUGUGCUUCUCUACUCUAGUUUAUAGAUCUCUUGAGUCCGUAUCAUUAACUGGUACAUGCAUAGUUAGAAGGAUCUUUACGCUUCAGAAGCUCGACCCUUAUCAGACAAUCCCAAUCGGCUGUGAAAUGCCUCCAGGCUCAAAUAUCAAGCAGCAAACAAUCGAUGCUGUGUCUUUUCAAGAGACACCUCGGCCUGUAUUUUUUUCGAAUUCUCCUCCCAGAGGUAAAAAAUAUUUAUAUAAGGAUAACCCAAGUAUUUUUAGAAAUCUCUCACUCCUGCCCUCCAUGAGAGAACAAAACCAUUGGAAAAAUCCUAUUUUUUGCCCAAAAAACACCCUCCAUGAGGAAAAGUUUUUUUAUGAAAAAAUUUUUUAUAUUUAAAUGAUAAUUAUUAUAAUCUGGCUAAUUCUGUUUAAUUUCAAGUAGCUUGUAUUUAAAACAUAAAAUUCGCAAAUUAAAUUAAUUUUUACCCUCUCGAUUGUAGUUUUUUAAAAUUUUGAGAAAAAAAAUUAAUAGCCGUGAGUGAACAAAAUUUUUUGUUCACUCACGGAGGAGGUAGGUCUCUCUUCUCUUAUCUUACUACUUAUAACGCUUAACAUCCACUAUGGGGUUGGCAAAGCCCAGACAUCGGCUCGCCUUUCGUCGCAUCGGGCCCACAGACCUCUGGGCCGGUCCGCUUCGUUCACCAAAGGUGCGCCUAGGGGCAAGUGUUGCCGGCUUCGACGGCUCAUGGAUGAGCUACUUGCUUGUAACAUGGGUUGCCAUUCCGAAAACCCAAAAAAUGGAUUUUCUGGUAGGCUUUCGGCAAAAAGGAAAAACACGUAGCCUGGGACGUAACGCCCAGUUUCACGCUAGGGAGCUACCCGAUAGGUCGUGUGGACUCUGCUAGGCUUCCCCUUUCCAACUGCCGUGCUUUCCUUCCCCACGAGGAAAAAACCAUCUCUGAGAGUAGACUAGGGCUAGGCUCUGUACUCCACCAGAAUUGCUUACCUAGCAUUGCCGUCCAUCUCUGAAAUGGCAAAACCUUGCCGGAUAUAAUUAAAAUAUGAGUCGAGGCUGCAUGGCCGGAGGCCAUGUCCAGACGAAGACGCCAUAUUUUAAUUAUGGAGGAGGUAAGUCAGUAGAAAAAGAGAUCAAGGAUUUAAAAGAAGCGUACUUACGGAGCGUAAAUACAGAGAAAAAAGCAUUAUUCCCACGAUUCAGAAGAAAAGAACAAAAAGAGCUUGAUGAAGAGCGCUAUAAAGUGUUAAGUAGAAAAAUAACACAUAACUAUACAAGACCAGCUGAGCCAUCAGACGACAUAGAAGAAAAAAUUGAAGUGGAUGCGCCAGAGGUGCCCAUUGACACCUCUGCUUGAAUUAAUAUCAUAAACGCAGACUCUCCAACAGACAAAUUCAAAGAGCCAAAAUUUUUUGAAAAUCAGAUGUCAAUUAUUAUGCAAAUGCGGCAUUUUACUCCUCCAUUCGUAAAUGUGACAGAAAAUGUAGAAGAUGGGCAGGAAAUUCGUUAUAACCCUAAACAAAAAUGCUAUGAGUCAAUUUAG